UCAGUAAAAAUAUUUUCUGCUUAACAUCGAUUUUCACAUAACGUCGAAAUAGAAACACAAUGCCUCAUUUCAACCCCCAAAACAGUUUUUGUGGAAGUUGCAGUCUUGUGGUAACCCUCUCUUCUACAUCCAUGAAACUUUUAUGAGCGUUUAGACCAUGCUUGAUAUACUUCUGCAUGCGUGAGAAAUUUGCGGAAUUGUGCUGAGAUUUUGAAACUUGCACUUUCUUACAUGUAUCGUACCUCUUUGGGACCGAUUCCCCGCCUGACCAUACAUGCAGGUCCUUUCUCAUGUCAUUCUUUUGUACAUGGCGCUGUCCAAAAUAACAACCACAUAAAGUGACGUGAUUUACCAGGAAAUUUACUAAAAACUGACUGCCGAAGUUUAAGAAGUCGACCUAGACUCCACCCUAUAAAACUACACAAAAACGUAGUCCUAUUUGGGUUAGAUCGAUUCGAACUCACUCUCAUGAGGAGAAAGAAGAGGGAUGUAAGAAUAUUAAUGAAUACCAUCUUCUACGUCCAGAUAAAAAAACUUUCCCGCAGCGGCGCUAAACUGAGAAGCACAAAGGGGUGAGGGAGGGAGGAGUGUAGGUUAUUGAUGACGAAGAUCUAAAAAUACGUGAAGUCAAAAAUUACCAGGGAAUUUCCGAGUCUAUAUAUACAGAAGUCAAAAUAGGCCAGUGUUUAUCCAUGUAAGCCUAUAUAACAGAAAUCUAACUGCAUGUUGUUGGUCUUCUUACUGUGUUGACCGUUCGCAAGCAGGUUAAAUGAGGAUCCGCCACGGAGAUAGAAGGGAAUCUGUGUUGGCUCCAGCGCUGUCUCCUCUGACAAACGUCAGUAGGACUAACUGACUGUAAAGGUGUGACAUGUAUUGUAGACAUGAGUACAUGUCUCCUGUUUUAUGUACCUUUCUUGAGCGUAGCCUGUGCCCUAGGAACUAUGGAGGGAAGAGUUGCUAGAGGUUUUGACAGUUGUGUCAACGACGACUGUGAGUCCACAGGCACAGACAUCAGGUUCUGUUCCAUUCAGGGUCGCUGUGAAAGCUGUUCGCCCUCCACGUGUAACUUAGACGUCUGCCGGCAAUGGCGAGGUUGUCAAGGCGGUACAGUAGGUCCCAACGCUCAAAAUCCCGACAAUGACUAUGUCUGCUGGGAUGAAGCGAUCUCAGGGCGUGAGAUUACGGCGUGGAUUCUUGUAUUAGCUUUGCUCGUUGCAUUAGUGUGUAUUUCCCUGAAGGCCAGACACCUGUCCCUCAUGAUGAAAAAGAACAUGAAUCUUAUGGAAGUUGAAAUGAAGGUCGUUCGCAGCCCAUCUCAUCAAGUAGACAUCAUUAAUGAUCGGGAGGUGCAGAUGCUACUUAGCCAAACACAAGAUCAUGCGCCAACACAACCAUCAUCAACUGUACCAGCCAAAUGUUCAACUUGUGCCUGCCAGACAGCACUGCGCUUGGGAGGGUCACAACCGCACAGCUGCCCAAAUAUCAGUGUGCAUGAAGGGCGUCCCAUACCGCAUCCCGAGGACGGCUCCAGUACUAAAGGUCAAAUGGUUUUGUGAUCACGUGCUCCCAUAGUCGUCAACGUGUGAAGAGGAAAUAAACGCUGACGUUUGUGAACGUUACGUUAAAAUAGUGACAGUGAGCCUGCAUGGGCGACAGUUUAGCGUGCUAGCGCAGAACAAUAACGCGAGAGCCUCUCACCAUACGGUCCCUGUGAUCCCUCUCAGGUCGUGAGUGGGAAGGUCUAUCAGCUACCAGUGGAUGAUCGUGGGUUUAACUGCCCUAUGCUCUCACCGGUUUCCUUCCACCCUAAUGCUGGCCGCCGUCCUACAAAUGAAAAAUCUUUAGGGCGUAAAACACCACUCAAAUAAAUAAAUAAGUGAAAUACCGAUAUUUAAUAUAAGUAUUCAGAUAAUGUACACCCCAAGAUGUUGGUGAUGUUCAUGUAACAUGCAUAUCAGUACAGUUCUUUUCACCAACAUGUAUUAUAGAAGGAAUUAAAAUGUGCACGUAAGAAAGCAAAAUGCUAUAUUUUUAUGAUCAGUAAAUAAAUAUACACGCAUGCGUUCAAAACUUACAUCUAUAUCAUUUGUAAAUAAACUUGUCUUGGUUUUGAA